ACAAAAGCAUAUCCCCUCCCUCUCUCCCCUCAUCUUUCGGCCAUCCAACACCAAGCAAGGGCAAGGAACUCCAGCCACCUCUCACCAUUGUUGAAGGGAGCUCAACAAGAAAGUAUCCCAAGAAAAGAAGUUAAAGUGCUAAAAGUGUGAAAAUUAAGGAACUUGUAUAAGGUAUUUCAAGAGCUUUCACGAAGUUGAAAGAGUCGCCGGAGUUGUCGCCGGAGUUCGUCCAAAGUCGCCGGAGUUUCACCGGAGUUCAACCAAGAGGUGUAGAACUUCAUAGCGCUAAUUCGAGUUUCAGGUAGAACUUGAAGGUUGCUACCCUCGCCGUUGCUCCAGGAGAAUUCAGGAGAAGAAGACGUGAAAUGGAACGUACCGGGAAAGUUACUCGACGGAACCCGACUGGCCAGGCACCGGGAGGGUCCCAACGUGGCAGUCGGGGGGCAUCGAAGGCGUCCAGGAGACAAGGCCGUGCAGGCCACUCGCUGACCGUGAGUGACGGCCAUGUUGAGACGAUUGACGAGCAUUAUGAGUCCGAGGAGGAUUCGACUUACCGACCGGGAACUGAGCCGGUUGAAACCCCAUAUGAUGGGGAGGAUGAUGACGUUAGCGAAGAGAGCAAUGAUAAUGACGCCCUCGAGCGGAUUGAGGAAUUGCUUCGGCAAUACCAACAAGAUCGCCAAAGGCGCCGGGCAAGGCGUGCUUCGGGAGGGGCUUCGAGAAGAGGGAGCCGUGUUAGCUCUAGGGAACAUGAGGAGUCCCGAGGAGGAAGAGGUGCCGAGGUUCCUAUCAUAAGAAUCUCGAAAUACCUCAAAGAGGCGAGAGAGUUGGGAUGCAAACCAUUUGAUGGAAUGGGAGACAUCUCCGUGGCAGCCGAAUGGAUCAAAAGAUUCAAUGAAGCGGCCCUUGAUAUGCAGCUGCCACCCCAUAUGAAGAUGAGAGUGGCAACAAGAUUGCUAGAAGGAAUGGCGUCCACAUGGUGGGACGGUGUCAAGGGGAAGUAUGGUGAGGCGGUCACUUGGGAGAACUUCAGGCAAGAAUUCUUUAGCCAAUACUACUCCGACUUCGAGGUGAACUUGAAGAGGAGGGAGUACACGAAUUUGACCCAAGGAGGGGAAUGCACGGUGAAGGAACUUGAGCACAAAUUCAGAAAGCUUGCCGAGUUCAUACCGGAGUACAUUUGUGAUGAAAAUCGGAUGGUGAACCAUUUCUGGGAUGCCUUGGACCUUGACAUACGUGAGAGGGCAACACAAUUGCCUAAUAUGACAUUUAGUCAAGUGGUGGAACAAGGUUUGAAGGGAGAGAAGGAGUGGGAAGAGAGGAAGCGAAGAAAUGCCGAGGAGGCAAAGAAAAGAAAAUGGGAGAACCAUGGCCCCCAGGGUUCAAACAAGAAGGGGAAUCACGGGGGAGGAGGAUCCUUCAAGGCACCCGCACCACCAUCAAGGGGGAAUCCCAACAUGGGUGGGCAAAACUCGGGGUUACAAGCCUCGACGAAGCCUAAGUGCAGGAAUUGCAAGAGAAAUCACGAGGGCAAAUGUCGUGAUCCCCCACGGUGCUACCAAUGCGGAGAUACGGGGCACAUAAAGCCCAAUUGCCCUCAACUUGGUGGGAACCGGUCAUCAGGACCAAGCAGUGCAACCACGGUGAGUAGAAACCGGGGUGGGGCACCAAGUGCAAGCGCGGGCCACGGCGGGGCAAGUACAAGCAACGCACCCUCCGUGAACCAAGGAAGAACUCAAGCGAGAGUGUACGCAAUGACCGAGGCAGAUGCUCGGGCUAAUCCCGACUCCGUCGCAGGUAAUACACUUAUUUUGGGCAUUUUUAGGCUUACUUUGAUCAUGUACGUCGUUGGGAUUGAGUGCGGGCCACCCCGGGGCCAAACCGGGUGAGUUAGGCCAAAUCAGGCUGGAAACAGCCAGUGCCGGCCAGGCACGCCCGCAGGCACGCCGUGCGUGGCACCGUGCCUGGGAGGCAGUGGCCUCGCUGAGGAGUUCCGGCCAGGCACGGCUGCAGGCACGCCGUACGUGGCACCGUUCCUGGAAGGCAGUGGCCAUUCUGAGGAAUUCCGGCCAGGCACGGCCGCAGGCACGCCGUGCGUGGCACCGUGCCUAGGAGGCAGUGGCCUCUUCGAGGAAAUUCGGCCAGGCACGGCCGCAGGCACGCCGUGCGUGGCACCGUGCCUGGGAGGCACUGGCUGGCAGGGAGACUCCUGUGCACGCACGGCCGUGCGUGCCACCCAGGCACGCCGUGCGUGGACCCCCGGCAACCGAAAACUCAUUUUUUCGCUCUGUUCUUCUACGUUGGGACCCCCGAUUGAUUCCAAACAUUAGUAUGAACCUAAUAACCUCCUAAUGAUGUGUAAAAACAUUAGAAAAGGUAUCUCACAUGACUUAUAAAUGUAGGAACACUAAAGAUUAAUGGGAAGCAUGCGCGAAUCCUUAUCGAUACCGGAGCGCAACGUUCAUUCGUAAGUGAGGCGUUCGCCGAGGGCUUAGAGAUACAAUCAAUACCAAUGACGCAAACUUUAGUGGUAUCAACACCACUAGGGGAAGACGUUGAAAGAACCAAGUACUAUCCAUCUUGUAUGGUGGAAAUCGGUGGCCAAACCUUGACGUGUGAUUUCGUACCGCUGAGUAUGAUGGAGUUUGAUGCAAUCCUAGGGAUGGAUUGGCUAGAAAAGCAUCAUGCUAGGGUAGAUUGCUACACAAAGGUCUUGGAACUCGAAGGCAAUGAUGGGGAUACCCUACGCUUCGAGGGGGACCGAGGCAAAUCAAACAGCUGUAUCAUAUCCGCUGUGAGAGCGAGAAGUAUGAUGAGAAAGGGAUGCCACGCUUAUCUAGCAUACGUGGUUGACAAGACCAAGGAGGAAACGAACAUCGACGACGUGAGGGUGGUUUGUAAGUACCCGGAUGUCUUCCCAAAGGACCUGCCGGGGCUUCCACCUGAUAGGGAGAUUGAAUUUGUGAUCGAGGUCGAGCCCGGCACCAAACCAAUCUCCAUACCGCCAUACCGUAUGGCACCCGCUGAACUUAACGAGUUGAAAACCCAAUUGCAAGAGCUUUUGGAUAAUGGUUUCAUUAGACCAAGCCACUCCCUGUGGGGAGCACCGAUUCUUUUUGUGAAAAAGAAAGAUGGGACACUUCGAAUGUGCAUUGACUAUCGUCAACUGAACAAGGUCACAAUCAAGAAUAGGUAUCCUUUGCCUAGGAUUGAUGACUUGUUUGAUCAACUACGAGGAGCAACCGUGUUUUCAAAGAUUGACUUGAGGUCGGGGUACCAUCAAUUGAAGAUUAAGGAAGAUGACAUACCAAAGAGUGCUUUCCGCACAAGGUAUGGGCAUUUUGAGUUCCUUGUUAUGUCGUUUGGGUUAACAAACGCCCCAGCAGCAUUCAUGGACUUGAUGAACCGAGUAUUCCAUAAAUACUUGGAUCGAUUCGUGAUUGUGUUCAUAGACGACAUUUUGAUUUACUCAAAGAGUAAGGAAGAGCAUGAAGAGCACUUGGUACUCGUUCUUGAGACACUACGGGAGAAGCAACUUUAUGCCAAAUUUUCUAAAUGUGAAUUUUGGCUAAAGGAAAUUGGCUUUCUCGGGCAUGUGGUUUCGGGAUCGGGAAUUGAUGUUGAUAAUAAGAAGAUAGAGGCCAUUACCGAAUGGGAGAGACCAAAGAAUGUCAAGGAAAUUCGUAGUUUCCUUGGAUUGGCAGGCUACUACAGAAAGUUCGUGGAAAAGUUCUCUGUUUUGGCGUCGCCGUUGACGAAGCUUACUCGAAAGGGAGCUAAGUUUAUAUGGGAUGACAAAUGUGAGAAAGGAUUCAUCGAACUGAAGAAGAGAUUGACCGAGGCACCGGUACUUGCAUUACCCAAACAGGGUGUGGGGUACGAUGUCUAUAGUGACGCGAGCAUCCAAGGGUUUGGGUGUGUGUUGAUGCAGGAGGGGAGGGCAAUUGCCUAUGCUUCACGACAGUUGAAGAAGCAUGAGGUAAAUUAUCCUACCCAUGAUCUGGAGCUGGGAGCAGUAGUGUUUGCACUGAAGAUUUGGGGACAUUAUCUCUACGGAGAGACAUGCCACAUAUAUACUGAUCAUAAGAGCUUGAAGUACGUGUUUACUCAGAAAGAGUUAAACAUGAGACAGAGACAGUGGAUGGAGUUGAUAAAGGACUACCAUCUAGUUAUUGAGUACCAUCCAGGUAAGGCAAACGUUGUAGCAGAUGCCCUCAGUCGGAAGAGUUCGUCUGGGGCAUUGUUGACUAGUUUGAGGGCACUGAGGGCCCAAUUGGAUGUAUCUAGCGACGGUGCCUUAUUGGCACGAUUCGAAGUGAGACUGACCUUACUUGAUGAGAUCAAGAAGAGUCAAGAGACUAACGCAGAACUUAUGAAGGUCCGGGAACGCAUGCAAGCGGGGCCGGUGGAAGAUUUCAGGGAAAGAGAUGAUGGUCUCUUGUUAUUUCGUGACCGAGUGUGUGUACCGUCAGAUGAGGAGCUCCGUAAGUCCAUCUUGGAGGAGGCUCAUUCAUCGGCUUAUGCCAUGCACCCAGGGGGCACGAAAAUGUACCGAGAUUUGAAAGAAAGUUACUGGUGGUCCGGAAUGAAGAGGGAAAUAGCCGAAUACAUCAGUCGAUGCCUUACUUGUCAACAAGUUAAGGCGGAACAUCAGCAUCCAGCAGGCUUAUUGCAACCACUUUCCAUUCCUGAAUGGAAGUGGGAACACGUGACUAUGGAUUUCGUGGUGGGUUUACCACGGACAAUCAGGAACUAUGAUGCAGUUUGGGUCGUUGUAGAUAGGCUCACGAAGAGUGCACACUUCUUGCCUAUCAACACUACCUACCCACUUGAGAGGUUAGCCAAAUUGUAUACGGAUGAGAUCGUGAGGCUGCAUGGGGUCCCAGUGACCAUUGUAUCCGAUAGAGACCCACGAUUCACAUCAUGUUUUUGGCCGAAAUUCCAAGAGUCUAUGGGAACGAGGUUGAAGUUCAGUACUGCUUUCCAUCCACAAACGGAUGGGCAGUCUGAAAGGGUUAUACAGAUCUUAGAGGAUAUGCUGAGGGCUUGUGCGUUAGAGUUCCAAGGAAGUUGGGACAACCACUUAGCACUCGUGGAGUUUGCCUAUAACAACAGUUAUCAUGCAAGUGUCGGCAUGCCUCCAUAUGAAGCAUUGUAUGGGAGGAGGUGUCGUACAUCGUUAUGCUGGGGCGAGGUCGGCAUGGCCAAACUCGAGGGUACUGAGUUGGUUGAGAUCACCAAGUCAAAGGUAAAGUUGAUUCGAGAGAGACUCAAAGCGGCUCAGGAUAGACAAAAGAGUUAUGCGGAUAAGCGACGAAGAACCUUAGAGUUUAAGGUUGAUGACGAGGUAUUCUUGAAAGUUUCUCCUUGGAAAGGAAUCAUUCGAUUCCAAACCCGAGGGAAGCUUAACCCACGAUACAUAGGUCCAUUCAGAAUUAUAGAGAGGAUUGGGGCCGUUGCAUAUCGUCUACAGUUGACUCCUGAAUUAGAGAAGAUACAUAAUGUGUUUCAUGUAUCCAUGUUUAAGAAGUAUGUACAUGAUCCCUCUCACGUAUUGGAAAAACCGCCUGUAGAGGUACGUGAGAAUUUGAACUACGCCGUGCAACCAAUCAAGGUCACCGAUAGGAAGGUGAAGAAAUUGAGAAGCAAGGAAGUCCCAAUGGUUAAAGUACUUUGGAAGAGCGAUCGGGUCGAAGAAGAGACAUGGGAAACAGAGGCUUUGAUGAGGGAGCAGUAUGCUUUCCUAUUCGAGUAGAGCUGUGAAUUUCGGGGACGAAAUUCCUGUUAAGGGGGGGUGAACUUGUGAUACCGCACCCGAACGUCCUUGAAAAUUUGAUUUAAAUAUUCAAAGUUUAUGUAUCGGAUUUCUGAUUCCCAAACAAUUGUAAAACGAUUAAUGUUUUACGUAAUUAAUGAUCGAAUAUUGUACUGUUCGAACUCGUAUAUUAGUGUCGGACAUACAAAUACUAUUUGGGGCUUAUUAGUAAAUAAAAGAGCCCAACAUUAUCGUAAAUAAGUGAUAGGACGUUUAGAGAAGAAUACAGAUGCCUAUAGUCCCAUCUUUAACAUUAUUGAGCUAAAUAAUGGGAGUAUGAUUUUUCUUCUAUAAUAUCCAUUAAGUAAAUUAUUGUGACAAACCUACACAUAUUGGAGAUCAAUAAUGUGAUGUAGGAAGUUGACUUGUUCUAAAUAAAUUAGGAUGAGUACAAAAAGACAUCUUUGACAAAAGAUAAAACAAUAGGACCCAUCUUCCCAUUUUUGGAAGUAUUGGUAGAUAAUUUGGAUCCCAAAAUGAUUGGAAUCAAUUGGGAAUCACUACACAUGGUAUUAGUACCUGAAAGACAAAUAAAAAUGGGUGAAAGGACUUACCUUGGCCGGCCAGCUUGGAGAGAAGCUUCACAAGACAUGAUUAGCAUCAACUUAGGGCCACCAUGAGCAGUUUUCGCACAAAUUGGUGUGCUGUUUGUCUCCACUCAUUAUGGGAGAUAUACUUGACCAAAUAAGGUGAAUGAGGUGUCCUUGGAUAGCCUUUGAAGUCUAUUUUCAUAUUUGAGUGGUCUCUGUUCGAGAGGAUAGAGUUAUCAUACAAAAAAUCGGUGGUCUGUAAACUCGAGCUGUGAGAGUGCUGAGACUGUUGGGUGGAUAUCUCGAGCUAUACCAAUCCAAUUAAGGAUUGUGAGAUACCAAAAGAAAGCUCUCAAGACGAGGAAUCCGUGAAGGUCUGGUUUGCAUCAAUCGGAGUAGUGGAAGGCUUCCAAAUCGUCCGAGCAAAACACAACCUCGCAGAAACGGAUCUACUCUUCUAAAGUGAGUUGUUAACCUCAAAACCUUUCCUUUCUUUUUCCAAAUGAUAUGAACGAUUGAUGGAGCUAUUUUACACCAAUCCAAGUGUAUAAUAUGUCCUUAUAGAUUUAGUUUAUUGAUGUAAAGGUUAUGUACUAACCGAGAGCAAAUCAUGGAAAAACUAGGAAACGUGUUCACCGGAAAACACCCAUUCUAGGGGCUGUUUUCGUACCAACGUUAGGGGUUGAGCUAGCGCUUUGAAGAGGCUGUUUAACACCCAUAUUUGAGCAAGGAAUCAGUUCCAAAUCCACCUUGACCAAAGUCUUGACCAUUGGAAGUGGCUUAUUAUACAUCAAAGUACAAUCAAAGUACAAUUUCUCUAUUGGAUUUGUCUCUUUUAAUAAUCAUAAUCCAUAGUUGUAAAUGUUGUAGAAGUGAUGUAUUGAUAUAAUAAAUAAAUUUGUUUAUGUCCUAAUUUUCAAAUAUGGUCACUAAACGUUAUAUGAUGAGGAAUAUAUAUUAUUCAUGUAUCAUAUAUGAGACUUAAGAUAUUAUCUUAUACGAACUUAUUAAUUCAUUCGGACUAUACGGAAUGAGUAAAGAUUAAGAUCGUUCGAUUGAUAUCUUAAGUUUUGGGGCCAUUAAGUUAUUAGGAUUUAAUGUUCAGCCGUUUUAUUCCAAAGUAAUAAAAACGUGCAAGCCAGCCGAUUUCGGAAAUUUCAAAAUUGAAAUUUGAACGUGUGUUGUCAGCCUGAUCAAAAUUGUUGGGUGAUCCUAAUCUAUAGGAUGAGUGGGCUGGUGGCUGCACACGUGUGGGAUCAGCAAGUUCCUUUAGUACAUGUAUUAUGUAUUAAUCUGAUUUCCGGUUUAAAAAUUGAUAACCCACGAGCUCUCUUUCCUCCAUGUAUAACGUAUGCAUGUAAAUGCACAAUGAUAGGACCGUUUGCAUUUUAAUGCUUCUCUUCCCAUCACUUUUAUUUUGAUAACGUACAUGCAUGUAUAAGUAAUAUAAGGAGAUGGUAUUUUGGAAUACGGGACUACUUCUCCAAAUUAAGAAAAAAGUUUUUCUACGAGUAAGUAAUACUUCGAUCUGGGAUGAGAGCUUUUGAAUCCAUAGUUUCUUCAUAAAGUUAUAUCUAUUUAACGAGUCAACGGCAUAUUGGGCAACGGUCGAAGGUUUCAGUCAAGGUAGCUACGAGUCUGAAACGUGGUAGGAUUAUCCUGGGAGCGAGCUAGCCAGACCCGUCCGAAUAGCUAUCGGGAUACGGGGGCUAUCUUUCUUCAAGGCCAGUCCGUCUCAACGGGCGAUCCUGCGAUAAGUUUUUCUUAUCUUUUCUCUUUAUUCAAUUUUAUUAUUCUAAUUAUUAUUAUUUUUUAUUUGUUCUUGCAUUUGUUGGUUUGUCUGGUGAUUUGUGUAAACUCGGGAUUUUUAUCUGGUUAAACUCGCAUUUUAAUAUCAUUUUUCUAACAAUCUUGAAGAAAGAUAUUAUUUCUCGAGUUUUUGAAAAUCCAAAAAUGGCGAACUUGGAAAAUGCUGUUAACAAUGAAACUGUUGGUUUAGAGCAUGUUUUUGUCGCCCCUGAAAAUGAUAAUUCUGUGUCUGUCACUAAUUCACAAGGCACACCCGAAUAUAUUGCUACGGGCUCGCACAGGGUGGAUUUAACCGGGAUGCCCGAAAAAUUUUCUGGGCAUUUUUUCAAGCGUUGGCAACAACGCAUGAAAAUUUGGUUAAUCACCAAGGGCUUGCUUUCAGUGAUUAUGACGGUGUGUCCUCCGGUUGUCGAAUCUGAUCCCAAAAGUCUUGAACGUCAUGGACUUUGGCUUGAGAGGGACGAAAUUGCAAAAGGCAUGAUUCUCAUGGGUUUAUCCGACAUGUUAUUUGAUGUCUAUUGUACCCUCCAUGGGACGGCCAAAGACCUUUGGGAUGAGUUAGAUAGAAAAUAUAAUACUGAUGACCACGGUCUUGAAAAAUAUAUUGUUUCUAAAUUCCUACGAUUUGACAUGAAAGAAGGAAAAUCGGUUUUAGAACAGACACAAGAAUUUGAGCUUAUCUUACAUUCUCUUCGUGAAGCGGACAUGGAAUUGCCUGAAAAAUUUAAAGUGAUGGCGGUCAUAGAAAAAUUUCCCAAAUCAUGGGAAGAUUUUGGUACGACUUUAAAACAUAAAAUGAAAAAGAUCACUUGGAAAUCUUUGAUGCAUUCCAUUACGGUUGAGGAGGAACAUAAGAAAGCGGGUUAUAUUGCGCCUGUUGAAUUUCAACCGAAGGCUCAUGUUAUAACUGGGGGAAAGCAAGCACAUAACUCUAAAAAUAAGCAACCAUCAUCUUUUAAACCAAUAAAGGCCAAAUUAAAAAUUGCAAAGAAACCAAAGGCAAACCGACCAUGCUGGAACUGUGGACAGAUGGGGCAUUGGGCCAAAUUAUGUCCAAAUAAAAAGGCAAAGGCUCAAUCUGGGGGACCUCAAGUCAACAUGGUGACUGGAGGGACUAGUUCUAAUGGCCUGCGGUUGGGAGAACAGUGAUGAUGGGGAACACGAGUGCUGCAAGUGUGCAAGGAAUUGGAAAAGUAGAAAUAAAAUUCCCUUCGGGAAAAAUUCUAUCUUUGCAUGGAGUGCAUCACGUUCCCGAAAUUAGAAGGAACAUCGUUAGUGGUUCCAUUCUAGUUAGGGAGGGUUAUGAGUUGUCUUUUAAAUUAAAUAAAGUUGUAAUUUUAUUUGGUGGAAUUUUUAUUGGCAAAGGUUACUUGUCUGAUGGACUUUUUAAAGUUAUGGUUGAUUAUUUAGAAUUAAAUUAUGUAUCUCGAAUUGUGAUUCUUCAACUUUAUGGCAUUAUCGUUUGGGUCACGUUAA